AAGAACAUGAAACCAGAUUCACAAAUCUAGAGCAGAGAGAUAAAGAAAAGAUCAACCUUUUUGCUAAAAUUGAACAGAAUGAUAAAGAAAAAACUGACCUUAUUGCUAAACUAGAAUAUGAUGUCUCAUUAAUCAAGGAACAAAGCUUGCAAAACAAGGACAUGGCUUUAAUAAAGCCCAAAUCCUCGAAAGACAAAGCAGAUGAUGAUUUUCUAGAUCUAAAAGAAAAGGAAAGA